AUGCUUAAGGGCAAACCUGAGCGGCUACAGCGUGUAGUUAUCCCAGACUUUGUCAACUCCCAGACUUUAUCAACCGCGAACUUGCCGUUUGCUUCGGCGAGCCUCAACUCCCGCGGUUGCCUCAGGCUUGUGGCUAUCCCAGGAUGCUUACCGAAAAUGAAGGCCCUCAAGGACGACAUGCGCCUAGCUUUUGAGCCUCCGCAGGAUGAGCACAACCAUCGCUUGGAUAUCAUGGUGCUGAAGCAGGAUCGUCUGCCGAUGAUGGAUUAUAUCCAGCAAGCAUGA